AUGUCAGACAGAGGCCGCUCACGCUCGCCAAAACGGCUGACUCGGUCGCCAUCAGCCGCCUCCCCAAAAAAGACUGGAAAGGACGCCGCCGAGUCGUCCAAAGUUCCCGACGAUGUCGAAAUGAAGCCUGCCGCAGGCUCUACGGAAGGCGCGGAGGCGGAAGAGAAGGCUUUCAAGGUCAUCGUUGUCAGUGGAUUGACGAAGAAUGUGCACAAGGGGCACCUGGAGGAGAUUUUUGGGGAGUACGGGAAGAUUACGGGGCUGGAUUUGCCUCUGUUCAAAGUCUCUGGACUGAACCGUGGAAAAGCAGCUAUCGAAUUCGAGAAGUCAGCCGACGCCGAGAUGGCGGUCAAGCAUAUGGAGGGUGGCCAGCUUGAUGGCGCAGCUUUGACUGUACAAAUCUCCGAACACCCCCUUCCCGCGCCUCAGCCCGCCUCUCCCAAUCCCGCACCCACAACCGGACGGAGACGAUACUCCAAUUCCCGCUCCCGCUCCCCCAUCAACCCCCCGGUCGGAAGCGAGGCGCAGGAUACGGGCGGAAACGGUCCUACUCGCGGUCGAGAUCACCUCCUCGUCGGUCCGGAGGUGGCGACAGGGGUGGAUUUGGCGGACGCGAUGUGUACAUCCCUGGCGGAGCGCGAGGAGGGAGAGAUAAUGGGUAUGGCGGGAGGGGAGGAUACGGAGGAGGAUACGGAGGACGAGGAGGACCCAGCGGGCCGGGCGGAUACGGAAAUAGGGGUCGUGGAGGAUAUGGGGGUGGUGCACCCGGACCUUCUGGCGGACGAUACCGCUCCCGGUCGAGAUCGCCCGCUCGGCGCCCUCGUUCCCCAUACGGCCGGAGACGAUCACCGUCAUACUCUCGGUCCAGGUCCAGGUCGAGAUCCCGCUCGCCGUCUCGGUCCCGAUCGAGAUCCCCUCGAAAAGGCCGUCGAGAUCGCCCCCUCGCAAGUCGAAAAAGAAGCGCAGUCCCAGUCGGAGCAUAUCGCGCUCGCGGUCGAGGAGCCCGGUGGCGAGGCGGAAGAGGAGUCCGUCCGCGAGCAGGAGUAG